AUGGGCUCUUUCAAUAAGAACUACCGGUACUUCAAGACCCGUGCGCUCGCGUACUACUAUCGGUAUCCCGCACGGGUGCUGCUGCUGGCCGUCGGCGUCGUGUCGCUUUUCCUCUUUCUGUUCGGCUCCACUUCUCCCCAGAUCCAGCAAAAGAUCAUUCCCUCUAAUUACACCUCAUGGCUGAACAAUUUGUCGCAAAAUAAAAAAGCCACUCCGAACGUGGAUCCACAGCAGGAGCUCUUGGACCGCGAGCUGGCCAAGACCAGCAAGUUCAGAGAGAUAUUCAAGCUCAUCGAGCAAAACAAGCCGCCGGUCAAGCUGGAUCCGUUUGAGUACGACGAGUCCGGCCUCGACGAGGACAGCGUGCUCACCUCCAGGAGGCUUUCUGCGAUAGGCAGCUUUUCGCACGAGUUUGUGUCGGGCGUGAAGAACGCGCACCAGAACUUUGUCAAGCUUUUGCCGGAGUACGACGAGGUGUUGCGGUACAGGGGCAACGGCGUGAUCAUUCUGGGCGGCGGCGAUCUCUCGUGGCUGGCGCUGCUGUGCACGAGAAUGUUCAGACGGAUGGGCGGGUCGUUGCCUGUUGAGGUGAUGCUUCCGCGGAUGUCGGACUAUUUGCAGGACCGUGAGAUCUGCGACAUUUAUCUGCCGCAGCUGAACGCCAGGUGCGUGGUGAUGACCGAGCAGCUGGGCAUCAAGACGGCCCAGGAGGAAGAGCUGUUUUUCACAGACUUCAACAUCAACCCCAACAUGUACAGGUCGCUGGCUCUGCUGACGUCCAACUACCAGAAUGUGCUGCUCCUGGAGAGCGAGACGCUGCUUAUCAAGUCUCUGGACGAGUCGAUUUUCACCUCUGAGCCAUUCAACUCACACGGCCUCGUUUUGUGGCCGGACUUCUGGAAAAGAAAAACGUCUCCGUUCUGGUACAUGGCGACCGGGCUCACUGUGGACAACACUCUGGUUCGGGACUCGGUGAUUGAGCUGCCAGAAUCAAAAUACGUCAGCUCGUCCAAAGCAGAGAGCGUGUUCCCGCUGCACGACCGGCGCGGCGCCAUUCCCGACGUCUCCAACGACAGCGGCGAGUUGAUGAUCAACAAGAAGACCCAUUGGAAAACCAUGCUGCUUGCUCUGUACUAUAACCUGUACGGAGAGGGCUAUUUCUACCCGCUGCUUGUCCAGGCCAGCUCCUCGGGAGAAAAAGAGACAUUUGCCGCUGCUGCCACCGCGCUCAAGCUGCCCUACUACCAGACAAGAACGGCCACAGAGGCCAACGGGUUCUGGUAUAACGGCGAGUUCCGCGGAGUGGGGAUGCUCCAGUUCGACCCAACUGUCGACUUCUAUUCGCUCACCUCGUUCAAGGAGAAGUACGAAACAAACCCCGACAAAAUCACCAACCAGGAGUUUAAAAAGUACCUCAACGACGCCCCAGAAAGAAAGUCCGCGCUCUUCUUCAAAGUCAACUACCCAAGACUGCUGCCAAUCGAGCUCAUCAGCGACAGCUUCAUUGUCAAGGAGAACGGCGACCGGAUCCGCAUGUUUGGCGAGAAUGACAACUUCGGCAACGACCUCGAGGCCACUCUCUGGAGAAUCAUGGUGGACUAUAUUUGUUACUCCGAGGUGCGCUGCUCAUACUUGGACAAACACUUUCCGCACGACCGCAAGUCGAAGGAGACCAUCAACAAGUACUGCACAGACAACUUGAAACCGCAUCUGUUGUGGCUUGCGGGCAACCACUAA